CGCAGCUUAAAACCCACCGGUAGUGACUAGUGAGUGAUGAAACUCCGACGAAACAACAAUGGCAGCGUUAAGCCACCGCUUACGUAUCUUCACGCGCCGCUUCUCCUCCACCCGGACAACUCAAAGAAGCGGCGGAGGAGCCACCACCAAGGUGCCUACACUCUACACAAACCCAGAUAUCGACUCGGAUCCCAUCACUCUCCAGCUCUUCUCGUGGGGACGAGGCGCAUCAGGUCAACUCGGCGGCGGAAUCGAGGAGAUUCGAAUGUAUCCGUCUCCGGUCGCUAAUCUUCUCCUUCGCUCUGAUCAAUCCUUCUCUCUCGCCCAAACUCCUGGAAGAAUCGACGCCGAUUCAUCGAGUUUUCGGCUUGGAAUCUCUUGCGGCUUGUUCCAUUCAGGUCUAACCAUCGACGGAGAUCUAUGGAUUUGGGGCAAAGGUGACGGAGGAAGGCUAGGGUUUGGCCAAGAGAAUUCGGUGUUCGUCCCCAAUUUAAACCCGCUUUUCGAGGAACAUUCGAUUCGAUGUAUCGCUCUUGGUGGUUUGCAUUCAGUAGCUUUAACACAUCAAGGAGAUGUAUUCACUUGGGGUUAUGGUGGUUUUGGAGCCCUUGGACAUAAGGUUUACACUAGAGAACUCGUUCCUCGACGUGUUGACGGCUCUUGGGAUUGCAAAAUCUCUGCCAUUGCUACCAGUGGAACUCAUACCGCUGCUAUUACCGAAUCAGGAGAGCUGUAUAUGUGGGGAAGAGAAGAAGGGGAUGGUAGAUUAGGACUGGGGCCAGGUCGAGGACCAAACGAAGGUGGUGGGCUUAGUGUUCCUUCAAAGGUCAAAGCUUUAACAGUUCCCGUAGCCUCUGUCUCAUGUGGUGGUUUUUUCACAAUGGCUCUUACAAAAGAGGGACAACUCUGGAACUGGGGAGCAAAUUCCAAUUAUGAGCUCGGGCGCGGUGAUAACUUGGGAGGUUGGGAACCAUUGCCGGUUCCCAGUUUAGAAGGUGUUCGUAUUACCCAGAUAGCUUGCGGUGGAUAUCAUUCUCUUGCCUUAACCGAGGACGGUAAAGUACUCUCAUGGGGCCACGGUGGCCAUGGCCAGUUGGGUAAUUCCUCGCUGCGAAACCAGAAAAUUCCUACAGAAAUCGAAGCAUUAGCAGAUAAAAAGAUCAUCUUCAUCGCUUGUGGAGGUUCCUCGUCUGCAGCGAUAACAGAUGGUGGUGAACUCUGGAUGUGGGGAAACGCUAAAGAUUUCCAGCUAGGAGUUCCAGGUCUCCCGGAGAUCCAAACUACUCCGGUCGAAGUCAAUUUCUUAACCGAAGAAGAUGAGCGUCAACCACACAAGGUUAUCUCAGUUUCCAUUGGUGCUUCACAUGCUCUGUGUUUGGUCUCAAGGUCACACUAAUAAACACUUUGAUAGACGAUAGAAAACAG